ACAUGGAGCUGCCCAGGGAGCACGUUCCCAGCUGGGGGAACGGGGUGAGAAGAGGAGAAACACAUCCCUGCUUCCAGCUGGGAUCACUUUGCUGGCUGAGCUGUCUUUCUGGAAGCCGGUCGGUGCUCCGGGCAUCUUCACGGGUCUUGGAGCAGAGCAAGGGAAGCUUUGGAGAGGGAUAUUUUUAGAUGCUCUUUGUGCUCAGAGAGCAAAACCAGGCUGUGGUUUAAGGCCAUUAGCUGCUGGGCAUGUUUGAAGAGCUGAAAUAGGGCUCAGCAUUCACGUUUGGCACGAUGGGAUGGAGCAGCUCUGCAGACAUGACGGCAGUUUCUGGGCUGAGCAUCGAGGCGAAGAUCCCAAGAGGAGCCUGGACCGGGGCAGUCCAGCCCAUUUAGCUGCCACGUGGGCAAACAGCGGGGCCGGGGUGACUGAUCCCCCAAAAGGACGUGUUCACAUUGUUUGUGGGGUGACGUUUGCUCCGCUGGCUGCAGAAGAGGUGCGGGAAAAGAGCGGACAAGAGAUCCGCAUGUCAGACCAUCACCACCCCAGCCAUGGGGAGUCAGAUCCCCAGCACAGCAUCAUUGUGGUCUUCCUCCUUGUCCUUGUCUUCUUCAUCAUGGGGCUGGUGGGUUUCCUGAUCUGCCAUGUCCUGAAGAAGAAGGGUUACCGGUGCCGGACGUUCCGGGACGAGCUUGACCCAGAUGACAAAGAAGGGGUGGAGGAGCUCGAGGAUGAUGAAGAGAAGAACGAUGACACCGUGGAGAAGAUCGUGAAAUGCAUCAUCCAAAACCAAGCAAACGUGGAGGCCCUCAAGGAGAUGCUGGGGGAAACUGAAGGGGACGUGGCAGUGCCAGUGCCCAGCCUUUGUCCCCACAGCAGCAGCCAGGACGGGGGCCCCCCACAUCACCACACGGUGCACCUGGGCUCCACGCAGGCCCCCUGCAUCCACUGCAGCAAGAGGAAGAGGCACCCGCUGCAGCGCCAGGGGCGGUCCAAGGAGGGCAAAAGCCGGAUGCAUCCUGGAGAGACCACUGUCUUCUCAGUGGGCAGGUUCCGUGUCACGCACAUCGGGAAGAAACCCCCGGUCCAGGAGCAGCAGGACGGUGCCCUGCGCGCCGGCAGCCGGCAGCCGAGCACGGAGGAGCUGGAGCGCAGCAGCGAGCGGCUCCAGCGGGAGCGGGCUCCCAACGGGACUGUUCCCACGGGUGGCCUGCAGAACGGAGCCAUCCAGACGGGCACCCAGAGCGGCAAAGGCGCGGAGCAGAGCCUCUCCGCCAGCCCAGCCGCGAACACACCAGCCAGCUCCGGCAGCCGUGACAGCCGGCGGGGGGGCGCGGGGUCCGGCCCGGCGGGGUCCGGCAGGGCGGGGUCCCUGCAGGAUGCUGGCGCUGCUCCCGGGAGCUCGAGCCGCCAGCAGAGGCUCCUGAGCCUGCCGGCGCUGGGAGGGUCGAGUCCCAGCAUCCCAGGAGAGCUGGCAAGGGAAGGAGGCGGCAUCUGCCUGGAGGAGAUCGGACUGGAGUCGGCAGAUGAAGUGUCAGAUAUCCACGGGAGCCUGAGUCUGCAGGAACAGGCCGAGGAGCUGGGGAGAGACGACAGCAGCAGGAGACAGCCCGGAGGGGAGGACGGGAGGCAGCAGGAGCCCAGCGCCUCGGAGCAGGACCGCGUGUGACCUCCUCUCCGCUCCCGGCUGGAGCGUGCACGGGAGGCGCGCAGCCCCCGCACCCCUCGGGGCUGGGGGCUCUGCCGUGGGGCAGCCGCGGGCCAGCCGGCCCCGGGUGGGCAGCUACGCGCUUGGCAUGGCCGGAGCGACGCGCCGGCGCCACCGACAGCCGCGCUCGGCGCCAGCCUUCAUCCCAUCGGCAAUAAGUACCCGAGUCCCACCCACCGCACCCGCCCCGGAGACCCCCCCCCCGGGGGACCCUCGGGCCUGGCAGGGGCAGCACAGCACCCAGAGCCCGCUGUCCCCACCCCCGGCCCCCGCGGCCCCCCAGCUCCGGGGCAGGGAUCGGAGGGGGUCGCGGCGAGGGGCAGGGAUGGAGGCAGCGGCUCGAGCCAGCCCCCCGGGGCGGUGGGGAGCACCCCCGCGCCCACCCGGCACGUUCAGCACAGAGCACAGCCCCCCCCGGGCACCCCUGCCACGCAGAGCGGGCACAGGCACAAAUCCUGCACCGGCGGGGGACCCUGCAGGUCCCUGGGAGAUGCUGGCGGAGAGAGGAGCUUCCAGCCCCAUCCCGGCACAGGAGGGGCCGGAGCCGGGCCCUGGGGGAGGGAUGGCCCCGGCCAGGCCAGCGGGCAGCCCCGGGGCCGUGCGAGAGCUUCGGUGUGUAACGCCCUGUACAUAGACGAGCUACAACCAUUAAAGCUGCUGAACCCCUC